AUGCCAGGCAAAGCUGCGCCCAUCAAGAUGUCCUCAGCCAAGAAAGCUGUCAAGAAGGCGCCUGAGCCCGCCCCGAAGCCUGAACCGGUCCUCGAGGCUCCACCUGUGGAUGCUCCACCUGUGGAAGUUGCUCCGGCUGAAGCAGCUCCCGCACCCGAGGGAGAAGUAGUCCCCGCAGCCCCGGCAGAAGACACCCCGUCUGCGGAAGGAGGCACCCCAGCUGAUGCCACAGCCAGGGAGGGAGCUGAGUUUCCGACUCUUACUGAAGCUGCUGCUCCCGCUGCUGACGACGAUGCUGCUGCUCCCGCUGCAGAUGCUCCCGCUGACGCUGCUGCAGCAGAAGCUGCUGUCGUUGAAGAGCCGCCAAAGGCCCCCACGCCCCCACCUCCUGCAGUCCCCACCAGCGCUCCUCUGGACGUAUCUGUGGAUGAUGUGGACGACUCCAGCCUCACCAUUAAAUGGAACCCGCCAGAGACCAUCGGAGACUCCGGCCUGGACGGAUACGCCAUCGAGUACUGCAAGGAUGGAACAACAGACUGGGUUGUAGCUGAAGAGGAGCUGACCCCAACUAACCGCUACUGCAUCAAGAAUCUCACAGCCGGUGACCUGCUGCAUGUGCGUGUGGUGGCUGUAAACCGGGGUGGACGCAGUGAACCUGGUACCCUUGCUGAGCCUGUGCUCAUCCGGGAGAUUGGUGAGCGUCCAAGGAUCCGCAUUCCCCGCAUUCUCAAAGCCUGUUAUGUCAAGACGGUUGGAGAGCAGAUCAAUCUGGUCAUCCCUUUUCUUGGAAAGCCCAAACCUGUGGUGUCCUGGCUUAAGGACGGUCAGCUUGUGGAUACAAGGGUCAACAUCAGGAACAGUGACAAGGACAGCAUCAUAUUUAUCCGCCACGCUCAGAGGGAGGACUCUGGUGUUUAUGAGAUUACUGUUAAAGUGGAUAGCUUUGAGGACAAAGCCACCGUCACCCUUCAAAUUGUGGACCGGCCCGGCAGUCCUGCCAGUUUGAAGCUGGUGGACACCUGGGGCUUCAACGCUGCUCUGGAAUGGACCCCUCCCAAGGAUAAUGGCAACACAGAGAUAACUGGAUACACUGUCCAGAAGGCCGACAGGAAGACAGGGGAAUGGUUCUCGGUGCUGGAACACUACCACAGGCUAACUGCCACCAUCUCAGAUCUCAUCAUGGGCAACUCAUACUCCUUCAGAGUCUUCGCUGAGAACCAAGUGGGCAGAAGUGAGCAGAGCAAUGUCACCAAGGGGGUGGCCACCAUCCAGAAGACAGGUAUUGUCUACAAGCCUCCCGAGUACCCGGAGCGUGACUUUAGCGAGGCACCCAAGUUCACAACACCCCUCAAUGACCGCGCUGCCACUGUGGGAUACACCACCAAGCUGCUGUGCUCUGUCCGUGGAAGCCCUAAGCCUAAGAUCGAGUGGUUGAAGAAUCAGGUGAUCAUUGGAAACGACCCCAAGUAUCGUCAGAUCUCGACCCAGGGCAUUUGCUCUCUCGAGAUCCGUAAGCCCUGCUGCUUCGACGGCGGUGUGUACACCUGCAGAGCCAAGAACCAGCAGGGAGAAGCCGUGGUCUCCUGCAAGCUGGAGGUCAAACAGGUUAUUCUUCCAGGUGCUGACAAGGAGAAGGGCAAAUAA